AUUGACCCUCAUCCAACCGAACCUGAUCUUCCUCUGCAGGUCCAUCUAGAAUAAUAGAUACAGGAUUCUAACUCCUGGAUUUUUUUGCAGACUUCAUUCAAUCUCUGCUUCAAGGGUGACUUUAAAAUGUUACACGAUCGUAUCGGGGAUCAGAGAACGUGACUGUGUGGCUGGGAAUCAUUCAACGUUUAUUGAGAAAACGACUCUGCUGGACCAGAAGUCACGUUGUCCUGGUUUCUGGGCUACCCGUGGUGACAUGUCGGGGAAAUUGGUUUCCGCGCUGCUGUGGCUGUGGCUGGGGAUGUCUGAUUCAGCUGGUUUCUAUUCUGUGCCACACCUUAACAUCCAGAGUAAAGAACAUGUAAUUAAUGCUAAUGAGAAUUUAAUAAUUACUUGCCGUGGACAUGGACCACUGGAAUGGUCAUGGCCCAGAAAUCACAGUAGCAUGGAACACAGGAUAUCCCUGACUAAGUGCGAUAGUGAGAAUUGGUCUUGCACAACUCUCAUUCUGACAAAGACCAUUGCAAAUGAUACUGGAACAUACCGGUGUUUCCAUAAGUUGUCUCCGAUCCAUGUAGCUGCAAGUAUCUAUGUCUUUGUUCAGGAUGAACAAAUGCCAUUUGUGCAUCAUUCUGAGAGUCUAGAAGCUCUGAUCAUAACCGAUGCUAAGAAGCUUGUCAUUCCAUGCAAGGUCUCUAUUCCGGAUCUUAAUGUGACCUUACAUCUGAAAUAUCCAGAUAAUUACAUUGUUCCUGAUGGAAUAACAACCUUGUGGGACAAUAAGAAAGGUUUCAUUAUUAUGAGAGAGAGGACCACAGCUGCAGGACUGGCCAACUGUGAGACAACAGUGAACGGAAAAAGCUAUCAGUCUAAUACUUACGUGUUGGUGAUUGUAGGAUACUUGAUUCAUAACCUCACACUGAACACACCAACCCCAGUGGAAUUGUCAGUGAUGGAGCGCUUGAUACUCAACUGCACUGCCAGAACAGAACUGAAUGUACAGCUGCAUUUUCAAUGGGAAUAUCCAGAUAAGAAGCACAAUCCUCACUUAUUCUUCAAAACCCAGAGGCGACGUUUAACAAAUAGCCUGGAAUACUCAAGCUUUCUGAUUAUAGAUAAUGUGACAAAGAGAGAUGAAGGCAGAUAUUUAUGCAAAGCUUUCAAUGGCAGGCUGACAAAGGAGGCCAGCGCUGAUGUUAUUGUCUAUGAAAAACCCUUCAUCUUCAUAGAUCUCAAAGCCAGGUCAAUAAUUGAGACAGUACUGAAUGAAAGGGAUGUCAACAUUUCAGUGAUGUUCACAGGCUAUCCCCAGCCAGAAGUGAAAUGGACCAAGAAUGGAAGACCAAUUAGUAGGGAUGACUACCGAAUAAAGCAGGUUAGAUAUGCACUGCUGAUCAGUGAUGUUACAGAAAAUGAUGUUGGGAAUUACACAAUUAUACUGAGAAAUCCAAUGUCAAAAGAGGUGCGGCAUCACACAGUUCAACUCAAAGUAAACGUUCCCCCAGAGAUUCAUGAGAAAGAAGUGGCGACAAAUACUGACUUUCACAACUAUGGAAGCAGGCAAACAUUGACUUGCACUGCGUAUGGCAUCCCUACUCCCAGCAGCAUCAUCUGGGACUGGCAGCCCAUGGAGAACUGCAGCUUCUCCUACAAUUAUAGAGAAGAAUCGCAAGCUCCCUAUAAGUCGGAUGGAGAUGAAAACUGGAGGAACAUCACAGACAAUGAAGGCCGCAAUAAGAUAGAAAUCUCAGAGCCUCAAAAUAAAGUCAUUAAAGGAAAACACAAGAUGGUCAGCACUCUAGUGAUUCAAGCAGCCAAAGUCUGUGCCAAGUACAGAUGCCGAGCUAUUAACAAAGUGGGAGAGGAUCAGAGGAUUAUCUUCUUUUCUGUAACCAGAGGCCUUGAAAUGAGUUUGCACCCUGUUGAUCAUCCAAUUGAAAAGGACAAUGUAACACUUCAGUGCAGAGCUGACCGAUUUUCAUAUGAGAGUUUAAAGUGUUAUAAACUCAAUCCAGCAACUCUUGAAAGCCUCCGUCGUACUCCUGCUAACUUUUCUUGUGAGCAUCUCAAACGCGAUGCACAGGAGGUGGGUUUGAGAGUUGGCCACAAGACUGAUAAUAUCACCAUCGAAAUGAGGUUCUACAAUAUAUCUCUUCAAGAUCAAGGAGAUUAUCUGUGUGAAGCCCAGUAUAAAAAGACAGGUGCAAAGCAGUGUGUGAGGAAGACUCUCUCUGUAGAAGCUCAACAGGCUCCUUUUGUGCUUCAUAACAUGACCAACCAAACUGUGAACAUGACAUCUUCUAUUGAGAUGAAAUGUGAUGUGGUUGGGGCACCACGGCCACAUAUUAUGUGGUAUAAGAACGAGCAGCAGAUUAUCCCAGCAUCAGGCAUUGUUCUCGGCGAGCUGAACAGGACUUUGACCAUCCAGAGACCGAAGAAAGAAGAUGAAGGGGUGUACAAGUGUGAGGCUUGCAAUCUGCAGGGCUGUGCUGAGACCUAUGCUGCAAUUGCUGUAGAAGGAGUCGACGAAAAGACAAAUGUUGAGCUGAUUAUCUUGAUUGGCACCGGAGUGAUUGCCAUGUUCUUUUGGCUGCUUCUAAUAAUCAUCAUUCGAAAAAUAAAGCGGCGCAGUGUCGCGGAACUGAAAACAGGCUACUUAUCAAUCAUCUUAGACCCCGAUGAAGAAUCCACGGAUAAACAGUAUGAACAGCUGUCGUAUGAUGCCAGCAAAUGGGAGUUUCCAAGUGAUAGACUUAAAUUGGGAAAACCAUUGGGUCGUGGAGCUUUUGGCAAAGUGGUUGAAGCAGCUGCGUUUAAUAUCGAAAAAUCCUCAACAUGCAAAACUGUUGCUGUUAAAAUGUUGAAAGAAGGGGCAACGUCCAGUGAUCAUAGAGCAUUGAUGUCUGAAUUGAAGAUCCUCAUUCACAUUGGCCAUCACCUCAAUGUGGUGAACCUGCUGGGAGCCUGCACAAAAGUGGGAGGUCCACUGAUGGUGAUUGUUGAAUAUUGCAAGCAUGGUAACCUGUCAAAUUAUUUGAGAAGCAAGAGAAGUGAUUAUAUUCCUUACAAGCGUCAAGCAAUGAGGUUAAAAGAGCUCAAGGAGAAGGAAGCUGAUGAGAUGGAGAGUGAGUUUAAAAGGCGCUUGGACAGCAUUGCAAGUAGUGAGAGCUCAACCAGUUCUGGGUUUGAAGAAGACAAGUCGUUGAGUGAUGCAGAAGAGGAGGAAGUCGCAGAUGACCUUCACAAGAACUAUUUGACAAUGGAGGACCUUAUCUCCUACAGCUUCCAAACAGCCAGGGGAAUGGAAUUUCUGGCCUCACGGAAGUGCAUCCAUAGGGAUCUGGCUGCACGUAAUGUACUCUUGUCAGAAAACAAUGUGGUGAAGAUAUGUGAUUUUGGUUUGGCUUGGGACAUUUAUAAGAACCCAGAUUAUGUUAGGAAAGGAGAUGUGCUGCUUCCUCUUAAAUGGAUGGCACCAGAAACCAUCUUUGAUAAGGUUUAUACAACACAGAGUGAUGUCUGGUCUUUUGGAAUUUUAAUGUGGGAAAUAUUCUCACUUGGUGCCUCUCCGUAUCCUGGCGUUCAGAUUGAUGAAGAAUUUUGUCAGCAACUGAAGGAAGGAACUCGAAUGCGAUGUCCUCAAUAUGCAACGACAGAAAUCUAUCAUACGAUGUUGGAUUGUUGGCGUGGAGACUACAAAAUGAGGCCAUUCUUUACUGAGUUAGUAGAACAUCUCGGGAACUUGCUCCAGACAAAUGUCCAACAAGAUGGCAAGGAUUACAUUCCACUUAACAUGUCAUUGACUAUCGAAGAAGAUUCUGGGCUUUCUCUGCCAACUUCACCUACUUCCUGUACUGAGGAAGAGGAAGGAUGCGAUCCAAAAUUCCAUUAUGACAACACAGCCGGAAUACGAUAUAUUAAUGGCAGCAAAAAACAAAGCAGACCUGCAAGUGUGAAGACAUUUGAAGAAGAACCUGUGAAACAAGCAACCAUCAUUGUGCAAGAGGAUAAUCAGACUGAUAGUGGCAUGAUACUUGCAUCAGAAGAACUUAAGACAUUGGAUUCCAGACAGAGUCAGUCAUUGGCAUUUAGUGCUUUAAUUCCGAGCAAGAGUAAAGAGUCUGUGACAUCUGAAGUUUCUAACCAGACAAGCGGCUACCAGUCAGGAUACCAUUCCGAUGACACUGACACAAUUCCUUACUCCAAUGAAGAAAAACUGCCAAAGGAAAAUUUCUGCACCUCACCAGCUGAAUACAACCAUGUGAGUCGAUACAGUGCACCACCUGUCUAAGAUUUUCAAACAGAACUCAGAAGAUGCCACCUUGUAGCAAAUUCACCUAUGCCACUAUUGUAUAAAGUCACCGCAUAUAAUUUCUAAAAUAUCAUCAAAAUAUGAACUUUGAUUGUUCUAGCUCAUAGAAUUGUUAUUAAUAUCGACAUUGGGUAUCUUUACAUAGCUGAUGAUGGUCCUGGAAUAAUUCAGUCAAUACCUUAUCUGCCUCUUCAAUUUACUGAGGAGCAAAUUGCCAGGCAUGAACUGAUUCCUGACCCUCUACUCGUGUGAGUUCACCUCCAGUGGCCUUGAUACUCAUAAGCUGUAUCAUGUGGCAUACAAGGAAGAAACAAAGUUGUCAAUACUACUGUGUGGAAGAACAGUGGCUGAAAAUGGCUAUAAUGUAGGUAGCCAGCAUUUCUUCACAUUAAUACAUUCCAUCAAGUUGCCGACUUCAAGCACCUCUACGCUGAGGAAAUGCGGAAUGAAAUACUGCGCAAAUUAAAUUACUUGGCAACUAAGACUGGGUUUCCAAACAGAAGACAAAAUCAUCUGCAUGUAUAUAUCCCAUAUUGCAAAACACAUUUCAUCCCCAUUUGAUGGAUAUCUCUCUAGUUGGGCAUCUGAGUGUAUGCAGAGAGAAUGUGAGGAAGAAUGUAUAGGCAGGCACCUAUUUGUAGCACCUGAGUGUUGAAUGGCUGCAGAUUCACAAAUAAAUGUAAUAUAUUGAACACAGAUAUAAAGAUUUACAUUGAAUGAGCAUUCCUGUAAACAAUGCACAAAUUUUACUGCCACAGUUUGAGGAAUGUUGAAUUGAAAGGUUAAUCAGCUGGUGCAUGCUCUCUUCUCAUUAAACACUUUUAAAUAAACAUAUGUAAGCAUCUAACUGGAAGUUUAUAAAGAUUGUAUUGUGCUGUACAUAAUAUAUAUUGAUCUAAUGCAUCUCAUUUACUAUUUUUGAAUGUGAAUCUAUUGACCUUUGUUAUGGUUUAUACAAUCACAUAGAAAAGACCUCAAGAUGAUCAAUGUACCACUGCAAGAAUGAAAAAUACAGUAUUUUAUCGCAAAGUUACAUUAUUUUGAGAGAAUGCUCUAAUUCUCUGUCUGUUGUCUUCCAAAAAUGAAUUGUUUCAAAUGGUAACAUCUUCCCAAGGCAACUCCCAUUGUAUAUAUGAGAAAUAUAUGUUUGGUACUUUCAUCAGUUUGUCAAACAUAAUUUUAUAGAAAAUCGAUAGUUUGUCAUGGAGAAAGUCGCCAUUGUUAAAGAAAACUUGCUUGCUGGCCAGGCCUUUAAAUUCAGAAGACCAAUUAUUCAGAUCGCCAUCUGUGCUGCCCUAUCAGCCAGACUACUGGACAGCACACUUUCAGGUUGACAAUAUAGUUGUUUGCAAGAACACAAUUGCUCCAUUUUUAAUCAGUCAGUUAUUGAUAUAAAUGCACUGACAAUCUUGCCAUCAUUUAACAUUCAUAUUUGUAAUUCUUGCAUGUCCUCGCACAAUGAUGUAGGAUGAUGGUUCUAUUGUUAAACAGAUGCAAAAACGAAGCAUACAUCUUUUAAAGUGGAAUAUGCAGACAUCAUUUAUUAACCAAAAUUUGUUCACAGGUUCAUUUUUCUACAACAAACCUAGUUUGUUGUGCAUGUCUAUGUGAUUUGAAUGAAUCCACAAAUUUGGAUUAUGCCAACCAUAUUUGAAGAAGCAUCUUUAGUUUAGAGGCUGCACAUCCUUGAAGAAUUUUGCCUGAGAAUAAGAACUAAAUUUAACACUAAGCUGCGACGACAUAUGGAAUAAACCCACAAAUGAACAUCUCCUUAAACGUUUAGACAUCAAAUCAUUGGACACAUAACAGAACAAAGCACAGGACAAAGCAGAAAAAGGCUCGCGGGCCUGUGCCAAGCUCGACAAUUAAUUUAAUCCCUGUGCUGUCCAUAUCACUCCAUUCCUUGCAUAUGCCAUGACUCACAUAACACAUAAAGUUUUCAGUUUUUUUUAGCUGAAGUAAUGAGUCUCAUGUCCCCAUAUUAGACAGUGCAUGUUGACUUCAGUGGAAAACAAUCUCUGGCAGGUACAUAGUGAGCAGCUGAUCCGCUCUCGCCAAUUUUAAUUGCCACAUUUAUUACCUGCUUUUUCUUGUCCAUGAUGAUUUGGAACUCAUCCUGGAAAAAUAACCUUAUUGUGGCUGAUUAAUGUUUUCAAAUUGAAUACAGCUCAAAUCCCAAAAAAUGAAUGUAUGUUGAAUGUAAAAAAAAUAUUAUAUCUGAUUCAUUUUAGAGUUCUUUGAAAUGACCAUGUAUUAAAGGUUGAUUUCAUUUUUAAUAAAAAAUUUUGAUGGAG